CCUGCUGUCCUUUAUCUAAAGCGCUCGCUUUUUAGUCACGAAUACUCCAUAGACACGAGCCCUUCUUCACCACGCCCCUCACACGCAGCAGGAAGGUGGGGUUUCAGCCAUAAAUACCUCCUCUGCACCCUCAAAUGGACAAAAAAAUAAAAAGACAACUGUUGCAGAUGGAAAUGGCUCGCCAGAGCACACCUUUCGUCAUACUGGAGGCGUUUUCGGACCGUCGCCCGGAUGUCAAAAAUAUACCCGAUUGGAGCGUCUCUGGACUUCGCCUUCCUGCAGAGCGUGAGCGGAGAAGACGCAGACUAGCCGCGAACGCCCGCGAGCGCCGGAGGAUGCUGGGACUGAACGUUGCGUUCGAGCGGCUGCGCAGUGUCAUCCCGCGCCUGCAGAGUGACCGAAGACUCUCCAAAUCCGAGACUCUGCAAAUGGCGCAGAUCUACAUCGGGACUCUGAGCGAGAUGCUACAGGACAGAGCUGAAUCUCCGGAGGUGACCUCAGAAACGGAGAACGGUGACGUUAAAGCAGAGGACGGAGUGGAAAAGGACUCUACAGACUCAGAAGCGUGUUGCGGAGGGGACACAGAGAAUCGGCUGCGGCACGAGCUCAAAGGAACACUGAACUUUUGGGAACGGAGCAACGGCACGAAGUAG